CCCAGCCGAGUUCCCGUAGUUCCUAAAACUCGAGCCGUUCUCGUCUCGAAAAAUCGCGCGAGACUUGCGAGAACCCAGCCCCUUCCCGUCACGCCCUGCUUUCCCCGCCCAUCGCUCUCGGUUCGUUAGUUCCAGUUCGGGCCGCGAGGGGGGAGCUUUGUGCCUCGGAGGCGUGGGUGACGCAGGCGCAGCGCGGGCCGCGCUCGCUACCGCCCAUCUUUGGUUGUCCCACUUUUGUUCCCCUCUCUUCGGCCCUGUAACCAAGAGCUCCGUCUUCGUCUCGCUCUCCUCGUCAUCCUCGUCGGGCGCCCGCGGCCCAGGUCGCCCUGAAAUCCAGCCCGUCCGAGCGCGAGUCCAACGGCCGCGGCCGCUCCCAGGCCCCCUCAGACCGCGCCAUGGGUGACAGUGAUGACGAGUACGAUCGAAGGCGCAGAGACAAGUUCAGAAGAGAGCGCAGCGACUACGACCGUUCCCGCGAGAGAGAUGAAAGACGUCGAGGGGACGAUUGGAAUGACAGAGAGUGGGACCGUGGCCGUGAGCGCCGUAGUCGGGGUGAAUAUCGGGACUAUGACCGGAAUCGGCGAGAGCGCUUCUCGCCACCUCGCCAUGAACUCAGCCCGCCACAGAAGCGCAUGAGGCGAGACUGGGAUGAGCACAGCUCUGACCCAUACCACAGUGGCUAUGAGAUGCCGUAUGCUGGCGGGGGUGGAGGCCCAACUUAUGGCCCCCCUCAGCCCUGGGGCCACCCUGACGUCCACAUCAUGCAGCACCAUGUCCUGCCUAUCCAGGCCAGGCUGGGCAGCAUCGCAGAGAUCGACCUGGGUGUGCCGCCGCCUGUGAUGAAGACCUUCAAGGAGUUUCUCCUCUCCCUGGAUGACUCGGUGGAUGAGACAGAGGCCGUCAAGCGCUAUAAUGACUAUAAGCUGGAUUUCCGGAGGCAGCAGAUGCAGGAUUUCUUCCUGGCGCACAAAGAUGAGGAGUGGUUUCGGUCUAAGUACCACCCAGAUGAGGUGGGGAAGCGUCGGCAGGAGGCCCGGGGGGGCCUGCAAAACCGUCUGAGGGUCUUCCUGUCCCUCAUGGAGACUGGCUGGUUUGAUAACCUUCUCCUGGACAUAGACAAAGCUGAUGCCAUCGUCAAGAUGUUGGAUGCAGCUGUGAUUAAGAUGGAAGGAGGCACAGAGAAUGAUCUCCGCAUCCUGGAGCAGGAGGAGGAGGAGGAGCAGGCAGGAAAGCCUGGGGAGCCCGGCAAGAAAGAGGAAGGACGGGCUGGAGCAGGCCUUGGGGAUGGGGAGCGUAAAACAAAUGACAAGGACGAGAAGAAGGAAGACGGCAAGCAGUCCGAGAAUGACAGUUCUAAUGAUGACAAAACAAAGAAGUCGGAGGGUGAUGGGGACAAGGAAGAGAAGAAAGAAGACUCUGAGAAAGAAGCCAAAAAGAGUAGCAAGAAGCGGAACCGGAAGCACAGCGGGGACGACAGCUUUGAUGAGGGCAGUGUGUCGGAGUCCGAGUCAGAGUCAGAGAGCGGCCAGGCUGAGGAGGAGAAGGAGGAGGCUGAAGAAGCGCUCAAGGAGAAGGAGAAGCCCAAGGAAGAAGAAUGGGAGAAGCCCAAGGAUGCCGCUGGGCUGGAGUGCAAGCCGCGGCCGCUGCAUAAGACCUGCUCCCUCUUCAUGCGCAACAUUGCGCCCAACAUCUCCCGGGCUGAGAUCAUCUCCCUUUGUAAAAGGUACCCAGGCUUUAUGCGGGUGGCGCUCUCAGAGCCCCAGCCAGAGAGGAGGUUUUUCCGUCGUGGCUGGGUGACCUUCGACCGCAGUGUUAACAUUAAAGAGAUUUGUUGGAACCUGCAGAACAUCCGACUCCGGGAGUGUGAGCUGAGCCCUGGUGUGAACAGGGACCUGACCCGGCGCGUUCGCAAUAUCAAUGGCAUCACCCAGCACAAGCAGAUUGUGCGCAAUGACAUCAAGCUGGCGGCCAAGCUGAUCCACACGCUGGACGACAGGACCCAGCUUUGGGCCUCGGAACCAGGGACGCCUCCCCUGCCAACGAGCCUGCCCUCACAAAACCCGAUCUUGAAGAAUAUCACCGACUACCUGAUCGAGGAAGUGAGCGCCGAGGAGGAGGAGCUGCUGGGGAGCAGCGGGGGCGCCCCUCCUGAGGAGCCUCCUAAGGAAGGGAACCCGGCAGAGAUCAACGUGGAGCGGGAUGAGAAGUUGAUCAAGGUCUUGGACAAGCUCCUCCUUUACCUGCGCAUUGUGCAUUCCUUGGAUUAUUACAACACCUGUGAGUACCCCAACGAGGACGAGAUGCCCAAUCGCUGUGGCAUCAUCCACGUUCGGGGGCCCAUGCCACCCAACCGCAUCAGUCACGGGGAAGUGCUGGAGUGGCAGAAGACGUUUGAGGAGAAGCUCACGCCAUUGCUGAGUGUGCGAGAGUCGCUCUCAGAGGAAGAGGCCCAGAAGAUGGGGCGCAAAGACCCAGAGCAGGAAGUGGAGAAGUUCGUCACCUCCAACACGCAGGAACUGGGCAAGGAUAAGUGGCUGUGUCCUCUCAGUGGCAAGAAAUUCAAGGGUCCUGAGUUUGUGCGCAAACAUAUCUUCAACAAGCAUGCAGAGAAAAUUGAGGAAGUGAAAAAGGAGGUGGCGUUUUUUAACAACUUCCUCACUGAUGCCAAGCGCCCAGCUCUGCCUGAGAUCAAGCCAGCCCAACCACCUGGCCCUGCCCAGAUACUCCCCCCAGGUUUGACCCCGGGACUCCCCUACCCACACCAGACUCCCCAGGGCCUGAUGCCCUACGGUCAGCCCCGGCCCCCGAUCUUGGGCUACGGAGCUGGUGCUGUCCGCCCUGCAGUCCCCACAGGAGGCCCUCCAUACCCCCAUGCCCCAUACGGUGCUGGUCGAGGGAACUACGAUGCCUUCCGAGGCCAGGGAGGUUAUCCUGGGAAACCUCGCAACAGGAUGGUUCGUGGAGACCCAAGGGCCAUUGUGGAAUAUCGGGACCUGGAUGCCCCAGACGAUGUUGAUUUCUUUUGAGCCGUCCACCGUUCCUCACUCCUGCAUCAUCCAUAUUCGUGACUACCUUGUCCCAUCCAGCUCUGAGAAUUUUUUGUACGAUCAGCCUUACUGCCAAUAAAAGCACUUCCACAGGG